AUGGGCUCAGCAAUCGGGGGCCAAGCAGCUAGAGAUUUGGAUAGCCUACACAUCCAGCAACUGGGGACAGGUGAGCGGAACAGCGUUCAGAUCCAAUUACUUCAUCCACGUGCAACCCUACCUAGCCGUGCCCACCAGACAGAUGCUGGUCUGGACAUAUCAUCAGUGCGAGCCGUGUUCAUCCCACCAGGUACCACAGAACUAGUACCAGUGGGGUUCGCAGUAACACCUCCACCAGGCAUGUAUAUGCAGCUGAUAAGCCGCAGUAGUCUAGCCAAACGAGGGAUUACAGUGGAGGGAGGAGUGAUCGACCCAGGGUACACAGGGGAAGUUUCGGUGAUUCUGAGGAAUAGCAGCGCAGAACCAUAUGCAGUCGCAGUGGGCGAACGUGUAGCACAGAUGAUAGCACACAUGCUACCAAUAGUAGCCGUACAAGCAGUGGACAAGUUAGGCCAACAUGACCGAGGCAAAAAGGGAUUUGGCUCCUCUGGUACAAGC